AUGUCAUCUUUGUGGAGCUUAAGAUGGUUAUGGAUAUAUCUUUUCAUUAGUCAAUCUGUUGUAUCAAAUGUGAGAACGGCUUGGCCUGCAUCCGAUUCCACUAAUAUACAAUUAUUGGGUAUUUUUGGCAAUGGAUUGAAUAUGAAUGAUUCCACUCCAGGAACUCUUUGGUCUCGUGCAAUGUUCAAGGCAGCAAUGUUACUUUCUCAGCAAUAUAAUAUAACAAUUGAUGGACAGUUCAUUGGUUCACAGCUAGUAGCAAGUGAAGGUAAAGUAAUGACUGCUUUUAGCAAUUCAUGUCUACUAAUAUCAACUUCAAACAUUGUUGGCAUUGUCGGACCAACAUUUUCUCGAGAAUCUCACUUUAUUGCACCUUUCACUGAACAACUUUCCAUUCCUAUGAUAUCCUAUUCUUCAACAGAUCCUGAUCUAUCGGAUCGAGAAGCUUAUUCUACUUUUUAUCGAACGGUUCCAUCAGAUAAUACAGCUGCAUUAACAAUUGCUCAACUUUUCAUGAAAUUUAACUGGACAUCAUCGAUAAUUAUCUAUCAAAAUGAUGCAUUUGGAUCUGGUGGAGCAAAAGCAAUAACUGAUGCAUUCAAUGACAACAAUUUGACAAUUACACAAAUGAUAAUGUUUGAUACUGUGACACAUACUAUUCGAGGUGAUCUAAAGAAUCUCUUACUUAGUAGUUCCAUUCGAAAUGUUAUAUUGUGGGCUGAGACAAAUCAUGCAUCUUUAAUUCUACAAAGAGCAAUUGAUUGUGAUGUACUUGGACCACAUUUUACAUGGAUAUUAAGUUCAACUGUUCAAUUAAAUUCUUUUAGUCAAGUAGAUAAUGCAAAGUUAAUUGGAAUGUUAAUUAUAGAGCCAGUAGUUGGAAGUGCUGUUAAUCAACCAAUAAAUACAACAUUACUAAAUGCAGCAUACGAUAUAUGGCAACAAUAUGAACCUGAUUCAUUUCCUGGACCAGAAAAUGUUAAUGCUUAUGCAUUAUUUACGUUUGAUGCAACUUGGUUAUUGAUCCGAUCAUUAGAACAACUUUGUUCAACAACUACUAAUCGUCCUUCUCCAUGUUUAUCAAUUGUGAAUGAUUCAUUUUGUUUUAAUCGACGAUUGCUUAAUUCCAGUUCAUUAUUUGACAUAAUUAAUACUAAUACAUUUCUUGGUGUAUCUGGACUUGUACAGUUUAGUACUAAUUCAACAGAUCGAGUUAAUGGUAUUUAUUAUAUUGUGAAAAACAUUCAGAGUUUAUCAAAUGAGUUAAACUAUGUUCCAGUAUUGGUAUGGUCUAGUCUCGAUGCUUGGACAUCACAUUCACAAAAAAAUACGAUUGUAUGGCCUGGACAGUCAUUAGUAGCUCCCACAGGUUAUGCAUCAAUUGCAGGUGUAACAUUAAGAAUUGCUGUUAUCGAAGGACCACCAUUUACAAUGACUAAAGAAGUAGCAGAUGGAAAUGGAACAAUAACAAAAAAGUUAAUUGGAUAUAUACCUGAUCUUCUUGAUAUUUUACAAAUGAAAAUGGGAUUUAUUCCAAACAUUACUUUGUUGUCAUCAGAUCACAGCUACAAUGGAUUAGUAGACGAUAUAGCAAAUAAUGUUUAUGAUAUAGUAGCAGGUGAUGUGACAAUUAUUGCUGCACGAAGAGAAAAAGUUUCUUUUACUGAUUCAAUCUAUGAUAAUUCGUUACGUGUCAUUAUUCAAGAUACAGCCUCUGCUAGUAUAGAUUUCUGGUUUUAUCUAAGACCAUUUUCACUGAAAGUUCGAUUAUGUAUCUUAGGUACUAUUAUAUUUUCUGCUCUAUUGAUGUAUUUAUUCGAAGGAAGAGACAAUGCUAAAUUAAAGGAUAGAUCAAUCAUUUCUGGAAUUGUAAUGAGUACAUGGUAUCCUCUCGGAACGAUCAUGGGACCCGGUGCAGAUUUUGAAGUGAACACAGGUGCUGGUCGAUUAUUAACUUUUAGUGUAAUUUUUUUAAGUUUUGUCUUAGUAGCAACAUAUCAGGCAAGUUUAACCUCUAGUUUAACUCUUAAACAGACACAAAACAUUAUUUCUGGAAUUGAUGACAUUAAAAAUGGCAAAAUACCAUAUGGUCGCAUUGGUAUCGUUACUUAUUCAUCGAUUGAAGCUUAUUAUUUACGAGAAAUCUCCAAUGGUAUUCGAAAUUUCUAUCCAUUAAGAACAAAAGAAGCAAUAUUUACUAGUUUACUAAAUAAAGUGAUUGAUGUAGCCAUUAUGGAUGAGGGUGUUUUAGAAUAUGCAACUAAUAGUAUUUAUUGUAAUUUAACUUUAGUUGGCACAGGUUUUGAUCGUAGUGCAUUUGGUCUUGUUUUUCAGAAAAAUUGGAUAUAUGAACAAGUUUUAGAUGUGAACAUAUUAUCAUUAAGAGAAUCAGGCACAUUUGAUGACUUGAAAAGUAAAUGGUUUCAAGCAAAUACUUGUUCUCAUUCAUCAGACACAUCUAAUGAAUUGUCAAUUGAAGUAAUGGGUGGUUUAUUUGUGACAUUUGCAGCCAUGUGUGGUCUGUCAAUACUAUUCUUCAUAUGGUUAAUAUUGUCUCCUAUAAGACGUCAUCUGUGGCAAAUAGUCCUAGAACAUCUUUGUGGAGUACGUCCAUCGACCAGAACACCUUCUGUUAUUCCACUCAACGAACUGCGUCCUUCUAAUGCUACAGAUGCAUAA